CGACGACCAGGUUCCACAGCGAGGGUUCCUGUACCACUCUUUUUCCCCUCAAGUUACAUUACCUUCGUACAAUCUGACCUCUCUGCCACACUCGCUCUCUCAGAAGCUAUGGAUCUCUCCUCCGUUCUCUACCUCGCCCUCCCCCUCUCCGUUCUCGCCCUCACCAUCCUCUACUUGUCCCAUCGCCGCCCUGGCCCGGCGAAGCAACCAAAUUCCGCAGCCCGGGCCGGCUCCUUCUACGAGCUCAUGAAGAACAGCCACCGCAUCCUGGACUGGACGGCCGAGCUCCUCGCGGCGAGCCCCACCGGCACGGUCACCACCUUCAUGGGCGUCGUCACCUCCAACCCCUCCAACGUCGAACACAUCCUCAAGAACCGCUUCGACAACUACCCCAAGGGCGACCGCUCCACCACCAUCCUCGCCGACUUCCUUGGCCGCGGCAUCUUCAAUUCCGACGGCGACCACUGGAAGCUCCAGCGCAAGACCGCCAGCCUCGAGUUCAACACCAAGACCAUCCGGACGUUCGUCCUCCACAACAUCCGCCGCGAGGUCGCCGGUUGCCUCCUCCCCAUCCUCGCCGCCGCCGCCGCCGCCGGAGAGGUGCUCGACCUCCAGGACCUUCUCGAACGUCUCGCGUUCGAUAACGUGUGCAAGGUUGCCUUCAACGAGGACCCCGGCCGGCUCGCCGGCGACACCGACCAGGGCCGAGAGUUCGCCAACGCCUUCGAGGAGGCCACCAACCUCGUCGUCCAGCGCUACCGCCACCCUUUCCUUUUCUCCUGGAAGCUCCAGCGGUUUUUGGGGAUCGGCUCCGAGAAGCUCCUCAAAGAGAAGAUCGCUACGGUCCACCGGUUCGCCAUGCGGGUGGUCAGGGCCAAGAAGCGAGCUGAGGCCAGAGGGCUCGGCGACGACCUCCUCUCCCGGUUCAUAGCCGAAGCGGACUACUCCGACGAGUUCCUGAGGGACAUCAUCAUCAGCUUCGUUCUGGCCGGGAGGGACACCACGUCGGCCACCCUCACCUGGUUCUUCUGGCUCAUCUCGACCCGGCCGGACGUAAAGAACCGGAUCAUGGACGAGAUCCGGUCGGUGCGGUCCAAAAAACAGAAGCCGGCCGAGGCAACGUUCACGUUGGAUGAGGUGAGGAACAUGGACUACCUGCACGCAGCAUUGUCGGAGACGCUGAGGCUGUACCCGCCGGUGCCGCUGCAGACGAGGGAAUGCGCGGCGGACGACGUGCUUCCGGACGGCACGAAGGUGUCCAAGGGGCGGCCGGUGAUGUACAGCUCGUUUGCGAUGGGGAGGACGGAGAGAAUAUGGGGGAAAGACUGUCGGGAAUUUAAGCCGGAGAGAUGGCUGGAGAAUGGGGUGUUCCAGCCCAAGAACCCAUUCCGCUUCCCGGUGUUCCACGCCGGGCCAAGGAUGUGUCUAGGGAAGGACAUGGCGUACAUCCAGAUGAAGGCGGUGGCGGCGACCGUGAUGGAGAGGUUCGAGGUGGAGGUGGUGGACAGGGAGAAGGAGAGGGAGCCGGACUUUACCAUGAUACUGAGGGUAAAGGGCGGGCUGCCGGUCAGGGUCAGGGAGAGGCCGGCCGAGGGCGUUCUCGCGGCUUAAACGGGUUCGGUCGGGCCAGUUGUGUCAUGGGAUGGGGAAUUGGGUCCGAGACUAUUCAAGUGUUGUAGCUGGGUUUGAGUCUUCCGAGUCGCAGUAAUAUCCGCAUGCCGACAUGCCAGCGUGGUGUGAAUUCUCCAGGGCUUUGUACUUGGUGUGGUGGCUAAUGGCUUCAUAUAUAUAAUUUUCGAGAUUAAAUAAACAAAGGCUCAUGGUUUAUUUAAAUAA